AUGACUCCUUCGCCAGAACUCGGACAGCCAAAGGCACCCGAUAAAGCUGGCGAUGAACAGCGGAGAAGUACCGUGGCUUCGGAAGAUCGUGCUACCUUCGACCUAGCGACCGGCGUAACAACCGAUAUGGCGGGCGGUGAUGAAUCAAACUCGUUACAAGAUUCGAGCGCCACGAGCACGGCAAUCAGCGGCAGCAGUAGCAGCAAAGUGACGACGAUGACCACCGCAACGAUCGUUGUCGUCCCACCGGUAAUCAGCACGAUGGCCAUGUCUGCGGCCGCCACCACCACGACUUCCAGCACACCGGCAACCGUUGUCAAAGUGUCAUCGUCACAAUCAUCAGCAACGGCAGCGACGGCGCCUGUCGCCACCAAUGGAAGCGCCAGCAGUAAAAAUUGUUCGUCAUCGGCCACCACCAUUGUCAACAACAUCAAAGAUCAUACGCAACCAUCAUCAUCUGCACAGGAGCCGUUUGCAACAAUGAACGAAGACGCGCUAAAGGCAUUGCUGGAUGAAGCGAUCACAUACAAGUGCCCUAAAGAUCGUGAACACAAGAGUGCUACAUUCAAUGAACUGUUGAGCAAGACGGAGCGCGAAGAUCAAGAGCAGAACUUUUCCUUCACCAGUCGCCCAGUGCAUCACAGCAAGCGGUCCUCCGGCCGGCCAACGCAGGGCGGCUCGCUGCAGGAUCUCCCGGAGGCGACCAAGCAGGAGUACGGCUACAGCAGCGAGUACUACGCCGUCUCUAGUUACUCAUCCCGGCGGUCAGGCGGCGGCGGUACGAGUGGAGUCGGUGGCGGUGGAGGUGUGGGAGGCAGUGGAAGCUCCCACGGUGGUGCCGGGUCCCGGUCGAAGCGUCAGAUCUCGUCGGUUUCGUCGCGACAGCGCGAAGGUGGCAGCCUGCCCAGCAACGUCAACCAAACGAUUAGUGAGCAGCCGUUCCUGAAUGAGGUUCGCCGUCCGCUGAAGUCUACUUCGGUGAAGUCUUCCUCGAAAAACAACGACUACGGAGCGUUGUUGCAGUCGGCUCCGCUGAACGCAAUCGCGGCAAGUGAUGCGGCGUGUAGCUGGGUCGCCACCGGCGGUGAGGAAUCUCAACUAUCAACAGCUGCCGGCACCGGUAGCGGAGCUGGCGUUGGUGGCGAGGUUGGCUCACUCUCGGAAGCACGAUCGGGAGCCGCGUCAUCGACUGCAGCGCACACAAUCAUCAACAUGAGCGAAUUGGGUGUGGUGGACGACGGACCACCGCUUGGCACGGUCACCGGGCACAAUCCGCUGCAACAGUUGUGUAUGUUUGUGUCCCAGAACAAUCACUACGAAACCAGUGGGGACGACAUCGAGCUGAUGGUCGGUGUCACAGGCACUGUCGGUAUCGGUAGCAAUGGCAGCAUCAGCAUCGGAGGAGCGGCGUCCUCAGCAGCACUCGGCGGAACACCCAACAGCAGUGUUUCGGCUACCUCUGCGACACUAACGUCGUACUGUAACUCGACCCAAAGCGGAGGAUCAACGACCGGUUGCGCCACUGAUCUGUACAGCGGCAAUGGCGGAGGCAACAGCAGCACUAGCAGCAACUGUAGCAGUAGCAGCAGCAACAGCGGUGGUGGCGUUGCUUCUAGCGGUACGUCGUCGCUAUCAUCAACGAAGAAAACUUUCUGCUACCCAACGCAACAGUACACGGCCGAAGCGUGCCUCGACAUUGGCCAGGCGUGCCGGGCAACGCGACCCACGUCCGUACAUCACGUCGAUAAGACGGUUUCGCUGCCGAUGCUGGAGCAGAUCCAACUAGGUUCAUCCUAUCCCUCGGUCAAGUGUAUGAUCGACAGCAGUAGCAAGGUCGAUCAGUCGACGAUCAAAUCGGUGCUGUCAUCGGGCAACCAGUUCAUGUCAACCACACGCAGCAGUCUCAACUACCCGAUGGUACAGCAAAAAUUUGACGAGAACGCCAACUCGGUGUCACAGUUCGGCGGAGGUGGCGGAGUGGCCGUCGGAACUAGUAGUGGCCUAGCUGGGUCAUCAUCUAGCGGCGGCACUGGUGCUCAGCUCGGCACGGGAGGCAGUGGCAGUAAGAAGUACCGGAAGCCCAAAUCGGAUCGCAACACGGUCGUGGUGGUGCCCGAGAACAUUAUCGGCUACCGGGGGCAGAGUAGUGACAUAGAGGCACUCGUGAGCUACAUCGAGAACCAGGGUGCGGUCAGCAGUAGCAACGGUGGUGGCGGCGAGGCAGGACUGGCUGUCGCAUAUGGAGAAAGCGGGAACGGGAAUGUCGGGACUCGUGGAGACGCUUCGACUGCCGCCGGUGGACCGGCUGAGGGCGAUAAACCGAAGCGAAAGAACGAGAAGAAACGGGACCGAACUGCGGCGGCGGCAGGCGUAGCCAAGUUGAAGAAGAGCAACUCGCUCGAGGAACUGAGCAGCUGUAGCCGGAAGAAAGUGGAAGAGGAGAACACGCGACAGAACCAUGUAGAGAAGGCGAGAGCCCAGGAAACCGAUCCGGCCAUAACGCUACGUACCAGUAAAUCGCAAAAGAAACAAACCCAAUCGACAGCAGCGGCGGCCCAGGGAACCUCAGGAGGAGGAGGAGGAUCGAAGGACGGCGCAGGAGGUGGCAAGCAACAGCGUGCCGAGCGUCGUUCGUGGGGCACGGAGGAACUGAACUUUUUCGCCGGCGGUGGAACACACUCGGUAGAAGAACCGGUCCCGCUGGCGCCAUCCACAGCCUCCAGCACCGCCGCCGCUGGUGGUGGCAAGGGAAGUGGUGGCAAAAAGGAUAAAAAAGAGGCCAAAGAGCACCCUCCCGGGGGGUCAUCGGUCGAAUCGAACGCCAUCACUGCAAGCCACCAGGCAGGCGGCAGAAAGCGGGAUUCGCUGCGUAUGUCGAUAGAGUCACUUUCAUCGUUCGGUACCACCGGCGGAAGCAUUGCGGGGACGGAGACAUCGGACUUUCACGUUGUGACUAAGAAGAAAAAAACCAAGAAGAAGGUCACGAGUAGCAGUGUGACCGGUGGCACGGAAGACGGUAAUGGGUUUGUCGGUAGUGGGCCUUCAAAUCGGCGCCAUCCGAAUCAAAACGUUGCCCCCGGUGCUUAUGGUGGUCGCGGUGCCAACAACGGUGGUUCUGCCGCCGCUGGUGCUGGUGGUGUAAAGUUUCAGGCUAGCAAUCAUUUUAUAGCCCACCGGGAGGUGUACAUGAGUAACGAUGUCUCACGUCGGAAAUCCACCUCGUCCGUGCCACCGUCGGAGAAAUCGGACACCAGCGAUGCCGACUCCGUGUACUCGUUACCGAUCGAGACCACAUCGAGCACUUCGCGCAAGCAGCAAAAAGCGCCGAAGAAACAGCAACAGAACAACAACACUAGUCAGCAGCAGCGGCAGCAGCAGCAAGGAGGUUCGACGACCACGCCACAAUCGUACGCGGAAAUUGCUCGAAUUCCCAACACGACGACGCACGAGAAGAGUGCUGCAGUCGCCGGCGCGGGCGUGGAUUGUGGUGGGUGGCCUGUAACGGCCACCACAGGAGCUGGCACGGGUGGUCCCGCUGGUGGAGGCAGUAGCAAUCUGUUGCAAGAUCUCAACUCGUCGGUGGCCUUUCCACAGCUAGUCGCAGAAUCGCAGCAAUACCAUGCCCCGCACUAUCACACUCAUAAUCACCAACCUGUCCCUCAGCAGCCACUCCUUGCCCAUCCACCGUACGCUGGCGCUGGAGGCAGCCCUUCCGGCAGUAGCCCUUCGGUGGCACCCGUUGCUGGUGCUCCUGUGGCCACCAAUAGCAUUGCUCCUCGUGCGACCUACUCUCAAAGUUUGCUGACGGCCGUCAACAACAAUGGUGCUGGAAGUGCCGAUGAAACAACAAAAACAACCAACACUACCGCAUCAUCCGUUGCGCUGUCCGCUUCGUCUGCAACAGGUAAUGGCGUCACCAGCCCCGGUGGCGGUGCCGUCAUUACCAAUGAGUUGCACAACGGACCGUCCAACAAUGGCACUGCCGGAGGACCCGAUGCCGUCAAAGGUGGUGGAGGCGUCCUUCACAAGUCCAAAAGCGUCGACAAUAACGAUAUUUGCUACUCGAAUGAACACUACCCGGCCCUCGAGCGAACAAUCAAGGGGUACGGUCAAACUGCGUCCCCGUCCGCGCCCGGUACCAGUAGUAGCAAGUCAGUGGCAUCGAAAGUGAUCGGGAACACCGCCGGCGGUCUAAGCUUUGGGCAGGUGGCCGCCGCUGCUGCCAUCACAAAUCACUCACCGGCGACAAACUCCGUUGUCACGAGCACCACUGCCUCUGGCCCUUCCUCCAAUGUCUCCACGAAGAAGGGCAAAGCGAAGAAGGAACAGAAGGAAGCCAGCAACAAUUUUGCUACCGAGCUCGACACUGUAUCGGGAACGUGUGAUGCAACGGCGAAUAAUAGCGUCCCCCACGUCCAGAUGGACACGGAUACGAUUCUUCCGUUCGAUACGCGAAGUCCUAUGAACGGGAGCGGUUCGGGUUUGUCUUCGAUUCAGUUCAUGCAAGCCCCGCACCAGUCGGGAACGGGUGCCGCCAAUGCUACUGCGGCCAGCAGCAGCACCUCCACGGCGACGACAUCAUCCGGCGGCGGCAGCUCUGGCGGUGGUGGUAGGCGACACAAGAAGGAAAAACAAUCGAAUACUGCUGCUACUGCCACCUCCGGUGGUAAGCUGGGAGCGGCCGCUGGAGGCACCCCAGCGCCCCGUUCCAGCACCACAGCCACGUCUAGCAAUGCGACCUCUCAGGAGAACCGCAACCGCCCACCGGUGAUCAUGAUGAACGACAGUGAACCAAAGUCAAACAAGUUUUCGUUCGGAUUUUCGAACGAUUACGAGCUACUGUUCGGUGAUUUCAGCGAAGAAGAUUGUCGCAAACUCCUCGAUGGGUCACCGCCGACCACGACGGAAUGCUUCGUGAGUAGCGGUGCGACGUCAUCGCAGAAAUCCAAAGGUCCCAAAGCGGCGCAGGCAAGCGGUGUCAUCCACGUUGCUAGUGCUACUAGCGGCAUCUUUACUUCGACCAUUGCGUCCAAUAGUCUCAGCAACAGCGAGGUGGCGAAUGCAACACACGAACUGGCCAAAGUGGCCCCGGCACCGGUUGCAGUGCCGCCGUCGGUGAUGCCGAGCGAUACCCGUAACAGUAGCACAAGCAGCACUGAUAACAACUGCACCAAGCAACCACUACCGGCUUCGUCGUGCUCCUCGUCGUCGGUGUUUUCGGCGUCUUCAAGUUACCAGAAGCCUUCUGCGGCGGUUUCAGUGGCCACCAGUACCACACAGGUGCCACAUUAUCCGCCGGAGGCAACCGAAACUACCCCGCCGCUUGCUGUAGAUCCUGCGACGGCGGCAGUGGCGGCAGCCAACCUGUUCCAUCAGCCACCGCCGGCCGUCCUGUUGCACUCGAUCUACACGCAACCACCACCGUCUCUACCGGCGCUACCGCGUCACAAUCAGUAUGCGCUUCCUCCGCCGACCGUCAUUGCGGCCACCGUAGGUGGUCCCUCGACGACGACAACGAUGACGACGGGAAGUGGUGCCGUGAAGGAACUGCACGGUGCUGCUGCAGCGCCGGUACCACUGCCGACACCACCGACCGUAACCGUUGUUACUGUUCCACCGGCCGCCCAUCUCAUCACUGUGCCACCACCGGCCCUGCCACCGAUGGCGGCCGUUCUGCUACCAACAACCCCAACCGCCACCGCGGUGGUCUUGCCGGUGGUACCCGCUGCCGUACCAGCGGGUGCUACGGUACCACUACCACCAGCCCCGGUUCCGGCCGAUAUUGUGGCGGCCGAUGUCGUCAACAAUAACAAUUUGGCUGGGGUCGUGGUAACAGCGGCCGGAACUGCAACGCACCUACAUCAGCAGCAGCUACAACAGCAUCAGCAACUUCUGAUCAAUAAGCACGUGAUGACGAUCCACAACAAUGUCAACAAUAUUACGACAAACAGUGUAACCCAAACGUACCACGCAGCCCAGCAGCAGCAGCAGCAACAACAAGCGGCAGCAGCAGCCGCGGCCAUUACUGCUCCUCCGGCGACGGCAGAAGCUUCAGCCCAGACGACUCCAUCACCGCCAGCGGCGUUCGAGGGCAAAUCGACGAUUUCCGUCUCGUCUACGCAGCCUCCGGCAGCGGCACCGGUAGUGGUGCGACGCGAAAAGAUGAAGGAAAUCAAUCUGCGCUUCAUCGCGCCAGAGCAGGUGCACACCACCGAAUACAAUCACGAUAAGAUUGUGUUCUUUGUAGGAACAGCGUGGGAAGAUGCAAUUUGCGGCAACAACGGAACUGCCAAGUACUACGAAGGGCAGUAAGAAAAGGUGCAAUAGAAGAGAGGGGCAGCAAAACAUUGUGCAUCGUGGCUACGCACCUCGCCGGACGUGAUAAUGCGCGAGAGCGAGAAAGGAAAUCAAUCGUGAGUGUGUUCAAGUGUGGGCCGCAAUUGGCUCUAGCUGUCAACCGCGUAAACCGUGCCGACUGCCUUCUCGUAACCCAACAUCGUCAAACGAUCCUGUUGAUGGAAAAGCGAAGAAGUGCGGUGGACGGUUGUCGUCACACAGUAGUAGUAGUGCACCACAACUGGCCAGCCUAUUAAAAAGAGGACCACUACGAUGCGUGUAUAAAAUGGGGCAGAGAGCUGUAGGUUAAGAGAUGUGUCGUAUCAUCGACCGUUACUACACAGUAAGUUAGUCACAGUAGGCAGUGCACCGCAGCAGUAGAUUGUGAUGCGUGCGGUGAGUGUAGUAUUAAAAACAGGAAAAGCGAAAAACAAAACCCGAAUCUAGGUCAGUAGCUAACGGGGUAACCAGGUAGGGCGAAGGUAGUGAGCCUCUACAAAAUCGAAAAAAAAAUGCUUAGCAUUCGCCAAUAGGGAUAGAAAGUGGCAACAGGAGGAAGGUGGUCGGUCGCCGCGCUGGCCGCUUACUGAGAUGUUCGUUCAUGCGUUCACUUUAGCGCUUGUUGCAAUGCUGGUGCGUAAUGGCGGGGCCAAUAC